GGAGGAUGCUCCCGAGGGGCGCGUGGCGGGGGCGGCCGCGGCUGCUGCAGACCCUCGGAGCCCGGGUUUUCUGUAUAAAGUUGUGUGGAAAUCCAAAAUACUAUCAGUCACGCCUGUAUGGAACAGUGGUGCCACCUGAUGAAGUAACAGUGAAUUAUAGACAUGGCCUUCCCUCCAUCACACUUACUCUUCCAUCCAGAAAAGAGCGAUGUCAGUUUAUAGUCAAGCCAAUGCUGUCAACAGUGGGCUCAUUCCUUCAGGACCUGCAAAAUGAAGACAAAGGCAUUAAAGCUGCGACCGUCAUCACAGCAGAUGGCAACGAGAUUCCGGCUUCCACCUUGAUGGAUGUUUUACUAAUGAAAGAUUUCCAGCUUGUCAUUAAUGACCUAACAUAUGAUGUACAGAGUCCCAAGAAAGAAAAACUGAGUAAUGGGCACAUGGCUGAGAUGGACCCUGUGAAAUCCUUGGUUCACAGACUCUUUACAGUCUUGCAUCUAGAAGAAUUUCAAAAGAAAAGAGAACACCAUUUAUUGGCAAAAAUUGACCACCUGAAGGAACAGCUGCAACCCCUGGAGCAGGUUAAAGCUAGAAUCGAAGCUCAGUCAGAAGCCAGAACCAGCAGACUCCUGUGGCUUGGUUUAGCCCUGCUCUCCACUCAGGGCGGGGCACUGGCCUGGCUCACGUGGUGGGUAUACUCCUGGGACCUCAUGGAACCCGUCACGUACUUCCUGACUUUUGCAAAUUCCAUGGUCGUCUUUGCAUACUUCAUAGUCACUCGGCAGAAUUAUACUUACUCAUCUAUUAGGAGCAGGCAGUUUCUUCAGUUCUUCUACAAGAAAUCAGAACAGCAGCAUUUUGAUGUGGAACAAUACAACAGGCUAAAGGAAGACCUUGUGAAGGCUCAAGAAGCUCUGAACAGCAUACACCAUUCCUUAUAUAUGAAAAUGCAAGUAGAGGAACUCAAUGAGAAGAACUAAUCUUAUGUUUUUAAACAUCAUUGGGUUAUGUAAUAACUUAUAUAUUGGGUAUUUUUAGGUCUUGUUCAUUUCCAUUUGAUAGGUGCCAUCUUUGUUGUUAAUAAAUUUGUGUGAAAGCAGUA